AUGAGUGUUAAGACCGCAGAAGUCCAGGCGGCGGAAGCUCGACUUGCGCAACAUCAUGACGACGCAGUGCAUGCCAAGGUCCAAUUGGUAGAGUCUCUGGAUGCAUUGAAGACUGCAAAAAGUCGUCUGCUUGUGAAGAGACUGGAUGAGACGAUCCAGGAGCAGCGGAACGUGGAACAGGAAGCACUGACGUACUCAAAGAACGUAAACUCACUGUAUCAACGCGCAGCCAAGUGGAAGAUUGAGCAAAGACGUUUUCGUUCGACCUUGGACGGACUGGAUCACUUUUCGGAAUGGGCCGUAGCUAUCGAAAACGACCUGCAAGCCAUUGCUGGUAACUUGGAAUAUGUGUGUGCUGUACUAGAAAAGGAGCGACAAGAAGCAGCAAACGGCGGAUAUGCACGAGCACAAGAGUCUACGUGA